CUCUCACUCUGCCCCCCAUCCCCCUCCCUCCCUCCCUGUCGGAUCCUCUCUCUGGACCACAGCCCCACAGGCUGCAUGUAUGCAGUCUUCAGCUCCAGCCGGUCGUGUCGGGCUCAGUGCAGCUUCUCCUUCCGCAUGAGCUCCUCUCGUCUCCGCGCUCUGCUCUAGAAGACUCCGCCAGUCUGUUCCACUCACACGGAGCCUGUGCGCUGCGUGUCCGACGGUGCGAUGCUGCUCCGCCCGAGGAGAGAGGCGCUGCUCUGGCUCUUGCCCGGGCUGCUGCGGCUCUGCCUGGCAUUUGGGCCCAGUAAAGCAGAGGAGGAAGAUUAUGAGGACGUUCCCAUAAAUAAAACUUGGGUUUUAUCACCCAAGGUUUACGAGAGUGACGUCACCCUCAUCCUGAAUAAAUUACUGCAGGGAUAUGACAACAAACUGCGGCCAGACAUUGGAGUGAAACCCACUGUGAUUAAGACAGCUGUGUAUGUGAACAGCAUCGGCCCAGUGGAUCCCAUCAACAUGGAGUAUACCAUAGACAUCUUCUUCGCUCAGACAUGGUACGACAGCCGACUUCAGUUCAACAGCUCUAUGAAGGUCCUUAUGCUGAACAGCAACAUGGUUGGAAAGAUCUGGAUUCCUGACACAUUUUUCCGCAAUUCCCGCAAAUCUGACGCCCACUGGAUCACCACACCCAAUCGCCUCCUGCGCCUGUGGAGUGAUGGACGAGUGAUGUACACUCUGAGGUUGACUAUUAAUGCGGAAUGCUACCUUAAGCUGCAUAACUUUCCUAUGGAUGAGCAUUCGUGUCCACUGGAAUUUUCGAGCUAUGGAUAUCCAAAGAAUGAGAUUGAGUACAGGUGGCAGGCUCGUGCUGUUGAGGUAGCAGACCAGCGGUACUGGAGACUUUACCAGUUCGCCUUUGUAGGCCUGCGGAGCAUGUCGGACAUUGCACAUACUCAGUCAGGAGAGUAUGUGGUUAUGACAAUUUUCUUUGAUCUGAGCCGGAGAAUGGGGUACUUCACCAUUCAGACCUACAUCCCCUGCAGCAUGAUCGUAGUGCUGUCCUGGGUUUCCUUCUGGAUCAACAAGGAUGCCGUUCCUGCCAGAACAUCUUUAGGUAUCACAACCGUGCUCACCAUGACGACCCUAAGCACCAUAUCCAGAAAGUCUUUGCCAAAGGUGUCGUACGUGACAGCCAUGGAUCUUUUUGUGUCUGUGUGUUUCAUCUUCACAUUUGCUGCAUUAAUGGAGUAUGGGACACUGCACUACUUCACCAGCAAUCGGCAGAACAAGAAGACCAAGACCAACAAUGCACCGAAAUCAAGCGUGGUGAACAUCAGGCCAGGGACGUCUCUGCUUCAGAUGAACAACAUCGCACCCUACCAUGAUGACGAUGAUUACACCUACGAAUGUCUGGAUGGGAAAGACUGUACAAGUUUUUUCUGUUGCAUUGACGACUGUCGCUCAGGGGCAUGGCGUGAGAACAGGAUGCAUGUCCAUGUGUCCAAAAUCGACUCGUACUCCCGAAUAUUCUUCCCGACUGCUUUCGGCCUCUUCAACCUCGUCUACUGGAUCGGGUACCUGUAUUUAUAAAGUGUAAAAUAGGGAUGGACUCAUUUGAAAUUGAGGAGAUAUUUGGAUAUCAUUUGUAAAUUCUCCACCCUCUUGAUACAGUAUUUGGCACCAUUAGUCCUCAAUGAGAGUGAAUGGAUAAAAGCUGCUGUUGGAUGUUUUACCAGUGGACGUGUUGUCCGCCCUUGGUAUUCCUUUAAUGAUGAUUGAAAAUUUGCUUAUAAAGAAAAGAAAGACCAGGUGCAUGUGACCUAGAAGGCAUAUUAUAUUGAUUCACUAUUACAGGACAUUGAAUAAUACCAGCAAAAACACAGAACAUUUAGAAGAUUGACAAAUUGCUAUUUGUGACAUUUGUGUUCCAGACAGCGUGUGCCAUAGCAAACAAAGUGAUUUCGUAUACCCGUCUUGCUCAGUGCCAAGCAAUCUUCGGAAUAUUUAUGGUGCAGUGAAGGCUAUAAUGUGAAAUAGUCUUGUGCUGUCAGAGCUGGAGGAUAGAUAAAGUAUUUUCACCUUUUAUUUUGUGCACAAAUUACUAAAUGUUUUUCAGCUUCAGGCAUACAAAGUAAAUAUAGUACAUGCUUCUACAGAUUUAACAGGAUAUUUCAAAGAACUAGCGUGUUAACUGUAUACUGAUAAUAGAUGUUGAACUUUAAGUAGUAAAGACACUGCUAAAAAUACUUGUAAAUACACUAAUAUUCAGCUUACUUGCGCCUUACCAAACCAAAGCAUAAGUAGUUUAAUAUUAUGUGAAUAGAUUUUGAUGCUUCAAGAUUGACCCUUAAGCCAUUUUCUUGGAAUUAGCUAAUAAUAACAGCCUACUUGCCUUGAAAAUGUGGUGUUAAUGCUGACACUGUAAUAACUGAUGUGGAAAAAAGUCUCUCAUGUCACUGUAACACUUGCGACAUUGUCAGUGAGCACAUGCAUAUAUAUGUUUUAUGUGCAUGCUCUAGGUGUACUGAAAAAUGGUGUUUUGAAUUGACAUGGUUCAAAUGUAUGUUAGACAUUAAUAAUAUAUGUUAUCAUCAUCGCAAUUCUUUUACAAAAGAAGUAAACCGAAACAUUUGAAUGAUGUCAAUUAAAAAAAAAAAAAACUUUUUCAGUUACAAUUUUGAGUUGAGGCUAUGCACAACAUGAAAGAAAGCCUUUUAUCAUUUCACUUGGCCAUCUCUGCCAAUAUCUGUACCCUAGCAAGUAAAAUCAAGCACUGAAUAUUUAUCGAACACAUGAUCAGGCAUGUUGCUAAAAAAGCCUUUAGUGUGGCCGGGAAGUUAAAGAAGCUUGGUCGUCUCAUCUGUGAUUGCCCGACAGCAGCUUUGCUCUCUCCAGGCGAAUCAUUUCACAAGGGUCUCAUUCCUGUUAUCUCAUGACUCAUCAACGUUCCUGUGGAUAAUGAAUUCAAAUUUUCUUCUUUGUAGGCAGAUCUGAUCUCUCUCUUUCUCCCUCUUUCAUCCAGCCCCGCAGACAUGUCAGAUACACUGAAAAAAAGCAAUGAACUGUGUGUAGUUGAUUCGAACAUGCAAGAGCAUGUAUAAAUUUCCACAUGAAUAAAAUAAAAUAUUGUGAAAAGUAAGUAAAGUGAAAGACAACAUUAUGUGAUGCUGUCAGAAAAAACUCAUAUCUCCAUUUUUGUUGUUUUCCAGUUUUUGACAUAACUUGAAAAUACCUCUUGCCCUUUACAUCAUUUGUAAAUUUCAUGAACAUUGGACCAAAAGAAGUGACCCAAAGGCUACGUUCACAUUACCAGGUUGAAGUGGCACAAAUCCUAUUUCUUGCCAUAAUGUGAAUCAGAUCUGAUGUUUUCAGGGCUGUGUGGACACGCAAAUCUGAUCUUUUCAAAUCCGACCUGAGUGACGUUCAGAUGUGGUCCUAGAUCGGAUAUGUACCUGAUUCGUGGCUGUGCAACCUUAACGUGACGCUCAGAUCGGAAUUCAUGCGCUUUUUCCCACUGCGCGCGCGCCAUCAUUCAGCGUUACCAUGGCAGCAGCGCCAAACAGAAGUUAUCCUGUAAACGGUGGGAAAACAGCUCAUCUCACCUUUCCCGACUUCUUCUCGCUGUUAUAAUGAAGCUGAGAGCUGAUCAGAGUUCAUAAUCUUUGCAGCGAAGCUCGUUCUGACCGUUAGCCUGUUUGCCGAUGAUUCAGUGACACACAUGAUUAAUUCACGUGACGUUACUGAGUAGGAUGUGCGCAUGCGGGUCAUUUCAGGACGCCGGUUCGUUUACGUUAAAGACAGAUUUGAGUCACCUAAACGAGCAAAAAUCGGAUUUGAGAAAAUUUGUAAUGUGAACGUAGCUAAAAUCACUUGGACAAAAAGUCCACCAACUUGCAUUAAAACUAAAGGUUUUUUUCCUUCUCCGGUAAAGUUACUAUUUUUGACAUAUGACAUAUUUUUGUUCCAACAGCAGCGAUAUUUCAUUCACGUGGAAAUGAUUUACACAUUCGAAUCAAAUAAUCUCAGUUGAUUACUUUUUCCUCUGCAUCAGACAGAACAGCAAACAAUUGAAUAAUUUCUUGUUAGUUUAUGACAAAGCCAUUGAUGCCUUUUGUAAAGUUGAAGUCUUAGCGUCGGCAGUUUUGUGUGUGCAUCUACCCCUGUUUAAGGUCUGUGUUAUGUGUGGAACAAUUUAAGCAUGAUCUUAUCACAUUAACUGCGCAGUUAACAUACUCAAGGUAGUCACAUUCCAAAAGCAGUGCGUGUAGAGAGAAUGUGUCUGUGUUGUCUGUUGAUGCUACUGUCGGACUCUCUACCCUUUCUGUGCUGUAUCCUAUCCCUGUUAGUUGCUCUGUUUUACUUACAAUAGCAUUACAUGUUGUAUGAUGUCUGUAUAAUAUUAAGAUCCAUCAUCAUUGCAGUGUAGCCAACAUAUUUUCUAAAGUAGAACUGUGUAUAGAUCCGUGUUGUGUCCAGUACGCCUAAGCGCAUCUUGCGCACUCUUUCACUCAGUCAGUGUUUAGUGGACAUUUAGCGCACCCUAUGCAGAACACAGUUCUAAUAGCAAUGAAUAUGUGUAAAAUAAGGUCUGUUUAUAUUUUUUAGAUAAAUAGAUGACUACGGCAUUAUAAGAAUGCACUGAAGAAGAUGGUGUUUUGAGAGAACGUGUCAAACUGUUGAAUAUAAUGUGUUACAUCAAGUCAGUUACAGUAAAAAAAAAUACAAAAAAUAAAAGCUUUUUUUUUUUUUACUUUUAUUUUUCUACAUCAUUUUAAAACAGCAGUUGUCCUUUACAUUGGGUGAAUUUAUAAAGAACAGACCAACAGAAAUGCUCCAAAAUGACAUAAUCGCUUUACAUUAACUUACAUUAAACGUUGAGAAUGUUUUUGGCUUCUCUUGUACAUUAUUGUUGUUUUUAUUUAUUUAUUUAUUUGUUUGUUUGUUUAUUUUGGACAGGGACUGUGUUAUUCCGGUUUGACAUAUUUGAAGCACCAUUUUUUGUCAGCGUGUUACACUUUUUAUAGCCAUUGUUUGCUUUUAUUAUAUGACUAACAAAAUAAAAGUCAGUGGCUUGCAUGGCAGUAUGGGAGAGAAUGUGAAUGUGUGGGUUGUGUGCGCGUUCACAGGCGUGUGUGUUUGACUGCAUACAGUUGUGAGUGUUUGAGCUCCAUGCUGUUUGCUUUGUCCUCUGUUUCGCUGUGCUCUCUCGUCCGCCUUUUCUGUUUAGUUCUUGUGCCAGAUGUUAGUAGUCCUUUCUCUGUCAGUGUCCAAACGCUGUGCUCUUCACCUGUUAAUGGAUUUGUGUAGUCUGUGAAAAAAAUACAAACUCAACACUGUGAGAAAAUAAAUCUGUGCCUGAAAAAAAAAAUGAAUAAAAAUCUCUACUCUUUUUGCUUGUGUUAAA